CUCCGAUAGGCCAUAGUGGGAAGCAACAAUAUCCAAAUGGAUAUUGUCCAUGUACCGCCCACUGUUCUCAUGAACUCGGCAUUUCAGCCAUCCGUGCCACGACGGCAGUUGACGCCGAAAGGGGGAAACUCUGGGGGCGCCCCGUGGGGUCGGAUGCGUGUCCUCCUGGCUGUAUAAGACGAAGCCACGGUCGCAUCCUAAGCCUCGACCGCCAGCUGCUAGUUGUCCUCCUGCUGCCUUCCUACCGUUACAUCCCUGGCCCCGUCUGAGCGUUACUGCCAUUCCCCCGAGAGAGCAGCACUCGAGAACUCACAAUGAAGUGGACUACUCAGUCUGCGAUCCUCGCCCUCUCGGCUCUUGCCGAGGCAGCGCCCCAGUUCGGCUUCGGCGGCGGCGUGACCAUGCUGCGGUUCGGCUGCCCCCAAGUCGUCAUCGACCGGAUAGACCCCUUGGUCAACCCGGGGCAGCUGCCGUCGCCGCACGUUCACCAGGUCGUCGGCGGCAACGCGUUCAACGUCACCAUGCCCACCGACGACGUCUCCAAGCAUGCCACCUGCACCACCUGCCAGUUCGCCGACGACUUCUCCAACUACUGGACCGCGAACGUCUUCUUCAAGGCUCGCAACGGGAGCUACAAGCGCGUUCCCCAGGGUGGCGCUGCUUACCAGUUCAACGACAGGUUCUCCACGCAGAUUGGCGGAGGCAUCCUGAUCUACUACGUUUCGGCCCAGCCGGGCAAGAUCACCGCCUUCAAGCCAGGUUUCCGCAUGCUCGUCGGCGACCCGAACAUGCGCUCGCGCCCCGACACCAAGCUGAAGCGCCAGAUCUGCUACCGCUGCUACACGGGCCCCAACUUCGGCGGUGACACGGGUGCGCCCUGCAUGGACGACAACGUCGACAGCGAGGCCUUCCCCAACAAGGUCUGCCCCGGCGGCAUCCGCUCCAACAUUCUCUUCCCGACCUGCUGGGACGGCAAGAACCUGGACACGCCGAACCACCAAGACCACGUGGCCUACCCAACCACCGGGCCGGCCAACUUCCUGAGCCUGGGCGGCAACUGCCCGUCGACGCACCCGGUGCGGAUCCCGCAGCUGAUGUACGAGGUCGUGUGGGACACGACCGGGUUCAACAACAAGGACGAGUGGCCCGAGGACGGGUCGCAGCCGUUCGUGCUGAGCACGGGCGACCCGACGGGCCUGGGCCAGCACGCCGACUACGUGUUCGGCUGGCGCGACAACGCGCUGCAGAAGGCCAUGGACACCAGCGGCUGCAUGGGCGCCUCGUGCGCCAACCUCGCCCGCCAGGACAUCAACACCGCCAAGUCCUGCACCGUGCGCCAGACCGUGCGGGAGGACUACAAUGUUUGGCUCGAGAAGCUCCCGGGCAUGAACAUGUAAAGGGGCUGGCUCGCCGGAGAGCUGGCAGGACACGAGUGAGCGGGAGUG